AUUACCCAGCAUGCAACGCCGCAUGUCGUCACAGCACCUGUGUGACGUGCGCAGCUGCAGUUCCGCGUUGUCGGAAGUGUUAUAAUUAUCAGAGUUGUUUGUGAAAUAUGAUGGAAAAUCAAAGAGUUUUAGCCAUAAUAUUUGACCUGGAUAAUACACUGGUCGAUACAGCCGGAGCAGGACGAGUGGCCAUUCAGAAGGUCUGUGAUCUGCUAAACUCCACACAAGUGCAGGAAAGCCACAUUGCAAACAUCUGUGAGCUCUUUUUACAAAAGCUUCUCCAUGAAUCGUUUGACCCAUCAGAAGGCAGAACGAUAGACGAUGUGAGGAUACGUCACUGGUAUGAAGCCCUCCAGGAGGCGCGAGGAACAGACCCGGAUCCAGCCCUGGCCUCCAGUUGCUACUACACGUGGAAGAACACGCGUUUGCAGGUGCUCGACCUGUCUCCUGAGGUUCGAACUCUGCUGGAGGAGCUCCAGGAAAAAUACAAACUGUUGCUGCUCACCAACGGCGAUUCUCAGACGCAGUGGGAGAAGAUAAAGGCGGUGAGAUGCGAGGGUCUCUUUAGUGAGGUGGUGGUGGGUGGAGAUCACCCUGAGCAGAAACCGGCUCUCUCAAUCUUCACCUACUGUUUCGAGCACCUGGGAGUUCAGCCACGGGACUGCAUCAUGGUGGGCGAUUCUCUCAGUAAGGACAUUCAGGGGGGCAUCAACGCAGGAGUAAAGGCAACCGUGUGGAUAAACAGUGACAGUAGAUGUAUCCCACCGGGCAGUGUGACUCCAGACUACACUGUUCCUAGUGUACUGAAUCUGAUGGAUGUUUUAGCUGAACUGUCAUAAUGUAUGUCUUUGUGGACAUAAAGAUGUGUUUUAGACUGAAAGAUGAAGUGUGUUUUUGCACCUUUAGCUUUGCUAAAUGAAAUUGCAAAAAUAAUGACUAUUCCAAACAGGAAGCAUUAAAUGAAUUGUACUUUUGACAAUGUGUACAAUCACGUGAGAUGAAGAUUCCAUAAAAUAUCCCAUUCAAUAAAUGAUUUACGGGUAACAGAUACAUUUGUGUGUCCUAUUAGCCAGUAAAACAAUUACUACCUGGUGCAGCGUUCAAACUGAAUGUAAAUUUGCUUUAAAUUAGGGCUGUCAAACGAUUAAUCGCAUCUAGAAUAAAAGUUUGAGUUUACAUAAUGUAUGUCUGUGUACUGUGCAUAUUCAUUUUGUAUUAAUCAAAACAUGCAUUUAU